GCCAGACUGGUAUCUCUUAGAACCCACAACAGCUGGGCACAGAUAAAAUCUUCCUGGGUUAUGAGAGAUUGGAUACAUUGAUAGACCUGAAUAAAGAAAUUCAUCACUGCAAAAAACUGGCAACACUAAGAAAAAUGAUAUAGUCCUGCUGAUCUCUAGAGUUGUAGCACUAAUGGGCAACUCAAAUACGCCUGAAAAAAAUUUUCUUCCAGGAUGGAUGGGGGAUCUUCAGAGACUACUGAAGAAAAUGACUUUACAGAGAGACCUGUUAGAAGACGACAUUCCUCAAUUUUGAAACCUCCAAGGAGUCCUCUUCAGGUCCUCAGAAGUGGGAAUGAAACAGUUCAGGAAUCCAAUGCUUUGAAGAAUAAGAAAAACUCUCGACGAGUCAGCUUUGCAGAUACUAUAAAGGUAUUCCAAACAGAGUCUCAUAUGAAAACAGUGAGAAGGUCAAAAAUGGCAGAAACAGAAGCAAGAGAAAAUGUUCUGUCUAUACAGGAUAAGAAUUUAGAAGAUAAUUAUUGUGAGAUUACUGGAAUGAACACAUUGCUUUGUGCUCCCAUUCAGACUCAGAUGCAACAGAAAGAGUUUUCAAUUAUAGAACAUAACCAUGAAAGGAAGCAUGGAAAUAACCAGACAGUCAUCUUUUCAGAUGAAAACCAGAUGGACCUGACAGCAUGUCAUACUGUGAUGAUUACCAAAGGCCUUUUAGACAGUACCAAAAGUGAAAAGUCCACCAAAAUAGAUACUGCAUCAUUUCUGGCUAAUUUAAAGCUCCAUACUGAGGAUUCGAGAAUGAAAGAAGAAUCCGUGGAUCAAAACACUUAUUCAGAAAAGAAAAUAAAUUUCAAUGACUUAAUAAAGAGAUUGAAUACAAGAAAAUACAGUGCUUUUCCUUCUACAGGGCCUGAUAAAGAAAAUUCUGAGAUACCUGUUUAUUCUGAAGAAUCUAAUAGUGCCUCUUCUAUGCAUCAAGUUCAUGUAUCUCUUAAUAUGGAUGAGAAUAGCAGUAACAUGACUAAAAUCUUUAGAGGACAAGAUGAUGGGAUGAAUUUUACCCAGUGUCAUAUAACCAAUAUUCAGACAUUGGUUCCCACAUCCAGUGAGGCCAACUUACAGGAAUUUAAAGGUAAUGAUACUACAAUUUAUGGUAAUGACAUAAUGGACUUGACAGUUAACCACACUAUUCAGAUUUUACCCUCAGCAGAUGAUUUAUCUGAAAUAGAAAAUCAAACCCAGACUGUCACGAUGGACAUCACAACAGAUUACAGAACUAAAGUUCCAGGAAAGAAAACAGUCUUUAAGAAUAAGACAAAUACUGCUUUUCAAGACCCUUCCUUAAACUCUGAAGAUAAUAUACAUAGUACCAGAAGUCAUAUUAUGGGGGCAGAAACUCAUAUGGUCACAGAGACUUCUAAUAAAGAUGCUAGAACAUUGGCCAUGACCCCAGAAUCUGUAUGUUCUACUUCAGCUACUCAAGGUUACAAGACAGUUUUCUAUUGUAGUUGUAAUGAUGCCAUGGUACUGACGAAGUGUCUUUCAAGUAUGAGAGAAGAGAAAAAUUUGCUAAAGCAUGACAGUAAUUCUAAAAUGUCUUCUAAUCCCGAUGCCACCUCUCUUCUCAUAGAGAAAACUAUUUAUCCAGGAGAGGAUAACAUGGAUAUUACCAAGAGUCACACAGUUGCAAUAGAUAAUCAUGUUUUUAAACAAGAUCAGACAAAUGUACAGAUGGCAGCUGUACCAAUAUCUGAAAAAGAAAUGAUACUCCAAAAUCACAAAACCAUGUCAGAAAAUGGGAAAAUGAGUGUAAAUUUUAACUCAAUUUGUCACAUAUCUAAGGAAAGAUUACAACAGAGGCUGGAAAAUCCUUUAUCUAUUUCAUUGGCUGGCAAAAAGACUGAACUCUUAGCAGAUGAAGAUAUGGAUUUGACUGAAAAUCACACAAGUAACUUAGGAAGUCAAGUUGCUCUUGAAUCUUAUAAGUUAGCACCCAAGAAUACUAGUAAAUCUCAGUGUCUUAGCAAAAGUUCUUCUGAUAUAGGAGGAAAAAUGACCAAAGGUCAUAUUGAAGCAUCCCAACAACCAGACAUCCUAACUGAUACCUGGAGCAAAGAAAAAGACCAAGCUUUGAAAAUUUCAUCCUAUCAUGGUAAAGAUUCUUCUCAAUCAGCUGACUGUAAUCAGGACAUAGCAACAAGCCAUAACACAGUCUACUGUGGUGGAAUUCUUGAUAAACAAGUAGCACUGGGAAAUAACAGAAAUACAGCUUCAUGUGAGCAAUCUUUGUUUUCAUCAGAAGGACAAUCUGCCAUGAAAAAUUAUAAUACUGCUGUUAACAGUUAUACUGUGAAAUCUGUACUAGGUCAGAAUUCUAAACUGCCUGAGCCACUAGGGAAAAGCUUACUUGAUGCCACAUCUGACUUUUUUCAUGAACAGAUGAUUGUUUGUUCAGAAGAGGAGCAAAAUAUGGAUCUAACCAAGAGCCACACAGUUGUCAUUGGAUUUGGUUCUUCUAAAGAACAAGAACUUGGUAAAACUAGUUUAGAACACACUACCAGCCAGCUAACAACAGUCAGUAGACAGGUAGCUGUAAAUGUUGAAAAAUGUGAUGAAAGCCCUAUAGAAAAAACUGGAGUGUUGUCAUCUAAUUAUAUCUUGGAUGUGUCAAAAGGUGAAAGUAUACAGAAAUCUGGAUUUCUGAAGAAAAAGCAAAAUGUCAAAAUUUGUGGAAGGAAAAGUGUUGGUGGACUAAAAAUUGAUAAGACUGUUAUAUUUUCAGAGGGUGAUAAGAAUGAUACGGCUAUUACCAAGAGUUACACAGUAGAAAUAAACCAUCCAUCUUUAUUAGAUGAACAUGAUUUCCAUCUAGUGCCUUUGGCAGAAACUUCUAAAACUGUUUUGUAUACAUGUGGGCAGGAUGACAUGGAGAUCACCAGAAGUCACACAACUGCCUUAGAAUGUAAAACUACCUCACCAGAUGAAAUAAUUACUAAGCCUACCAACAAAACUGUAGUGUUUGUAGAUAAUCAUGAUGAACUGGAAAUGACAAAAUCCCACACUGUUUUCAUUGACUACCAAGCAAAAGAGAAAACUGUGCUUCCAGCCAGACCUAAUUUUGAACUAUUCCAAAGGAAAAGCCUAGGAAACAAAGUGAUACGAACUCCUACUAAGGAGAGUGUUUUCUUCCCAGAAAAUGGCAAAAGUGACCAUCCAGCAUCAAAAGAUAGCCAGUUGACAUGUCUAGAAGAAUGGUCUAAUAAUGCUCCUAUAGAGAAAGCUGUAUCAUUUAUAGCUGAUGAUGAGAUGGAAGUGUCUAAAUCAACCACUUGGAAAAAUGUCAAAGAUAUACAGAAACCUGAAUUUCUGGAUGAAUCUCUGUCAGGCAAAAGUCAGAAAAGGAAGAGCCUCAGGCUCAAAAAUGACAAGACCAUUGCAUUUUCAAAGAAUGAUAAAAAUAAUAUAGAUAUUACCCAGAGUUGUAAGGUAGAAAUGAAUAACGAAACUAUGCUGGAAGAUAGAGAGGACUUCCAUUUGGUCCCUUUGGCAGGAACUUCUAAAACUAUUUUGUAUUCAUGUGGACAGGAUGACAUGGAGAUCACUAGAAGUCAUACAACUGCCAUAAGAUGUAAAACUGUCUCGGCAGAUGAAAUUACUAGGCCUAUGGACAAAACUGUAAUGUUUGUAGAUCAUCACAAUGAUUUGGAAGUCACCAAGUCCCAUACUGUGUUCAUUGAUUGUCAAGCCACAGAAAAAAUAGUUCAAGGGCACCCUAAAUUUGGAACAGCAAUAGAAAAAAACUUGGGUGUUUCUUUUCCUGAGGAUGCUAGCUGUGUUCAAGAAAUCACUAAAAAACAAGCACUGGCUAUAGAAAACAAAAUUGUUCUUCACACUGACCAAAAGCAUCAUAUCAUGCCUUUUGUUCCUACUAAUACAUCGUCUAGGGAUCAAAGUGAAAUAGGAACCAUCAAAUCCCAUGAUGCUGCUGUGGAUGAAGAGGUCACAGGGAAAGUUGUACAUCAAGCUCAAACAUUGAAAAAAGCCAAAAUUAAAAGUUGUCACUUAAAUAGUACAGAUAGAAGGAAUGUGGAAUUUACAAGCAAUCAUACAACUGCUGUUUGUGGAUCCUGUGAUAAUUAUUCCUGUUUACCAAAUGUUAUUUCCUGUACUGAUAAUUUAGAGAAUAGUGCCAUGUUCUUAGGUGAUAAAAAUGAGGAGAAAACCAAUAAUUACCCAGUACAAAAUGAUCUUGCUUCUGCGAACAAUUCAGCCAAUGAAUAUUAUUUGGAAUCUAAGGGACUGUCUCUCUCUGUUCCCUGUCCUUUGUUAGAAAAGGAAGAAGUUAUUCAGACCAAUACCAAAGGACAUAUACCAGCCAAUCAGACAUUAAUGUAUAGUCAAGAUCUGGAGGAGAUGACUAAACUUAAUUCAAAGCAAGUAUCUUUUAAGCUUCCAAAAGAUCAAAUGAAAACUUUUGUUGAUGAUAUUUGUGUUAUUUCUCAGGCUUCUCCCCCAACCCAGCAACCUCUACCAUCUCAAAAAGAACAAAGUAGUGUCAAUAAAGAUGAAGUAAUACUGUCUAAACCUGGAAAUAAGAGUUUAAAUAUAGGAAAUUCCUCUACAUGCACAGGAGAAAACAAGUACAAAAUGCUCAAUAAUGAGAAGCAGUUUGCUACAACCUGUAAAAAGGAACUGAAGGAAAAUACUCACAUAGCUGAAUGUAACACAGCUAUAGAUUUCCACGAUAACUCAGACUUGACUGAGCAAGCCAUUCAAACCCAUGUCAAUGCUGGAAAAGCAUCAGAUCCUGUGAUUACAUCUAAUGUUCCAAGUUUUAGUAGUUCCAGACCAAAUUUUAGUAAUUUGAAUGGAAAGACUGAAGAGUACUUAGAUUGUCAAAUUAUUCAUAUAGUGCCUCCUCCAGAACAAAUACUUGAAUUAGGAAAUAAGGCACAUAAUGAUAAAAGUAUAGUGCAAGCUACAGAAGUACAUAAUGUUAACAUAAUCUCCGGCAAUGCUAAACAUAAUAGAGACAAUGAAAAUAAGUCUUAUAAUGGAGCUGAAAUUACUUCUGUACCAUUAAAGACAGCUGUUAAAGAUAAAAUGAGGAGAUGUUCUUUGGGAAUCUUUUUGCCCAGAUUGCCAAAUAAGAGAAAUUGUAGUGUCUCCGGUGUUGACGACCUGAAGCAGAUUUCAGCAGACACAACUCAGCCAGUCCCCAGCAAGGAUUCGGGCAUUGAAUGUGUUGCAGCCAAACUGAACUUAAGUCCAUCUCAAUAUAUAAAUGAGGAAAAUAUUCCUAUAUUUCCUGAUGAGAUUAAUUCCACAGAUUCAAUUAGCAUAGAAACUGAGGAAAAGGCUUUGAUUAAGACAUACCAAAAAGAGAUUUCACCAUCUGAAAAUACAAUGGAAGAAACUUCUAAUAGCCAAAAAAGAACCUGGGUACAAGAAGAAGAAGAUGAUACUCAAAAUGAGAAAAAAAUCAGAAAAAAUGAGAUUAAAGAUACUGCACAAGAUCAGGAGAUUUUUGUUCACCAUACUGAAGGGGAUAUAGAUAAAAAUGCUAACAGUAUAUUGAUAAAAAGCCUGAGCAGGACCCCAUCUAGUUGCAGCAGCUCUUUGGAUUCAAUCAAAGCUGAUGGGACUUCGCUGGAUGUCAGCACAUACCGUAAUAGUCAAAUGGAAUCACAGCUUCUUGGAGACACUAUUUGUGAAGAGAGCUUGAGGGAGAAACUCAAAGAUGGGAGAAUAACAAUAAGGGAGUUCUUUAUACUUCUUCAGGUCCACAUCUUGAUACAGAAACCCCGACAGAGCAAUCUCCCAGCCAACUUUACUAUAAACACACCACCUACUCCAGAAGACCUGAUGUUAAGUCAGUAUAUUUAUCGACCCAAGAUACAGAUUUAUAGAGAAGAUUGUGAAGCUCGUCGCCAAAAGAUUGAAGAAUUAAAGCUUUCUGCACUGAACCAAGAUAAACUGUUGGUGGAUAUAAAUAGAAACCUGUGGGAAAAAAUGAGACAUUGCUCUGAUGAAGAGCUGAAGACCUUUGGAAUUUACCUUAAUAAAAUAAAAUCACGUUUUACCAAGAUGACUAAAGUCUUCACUCACCAAGGAAAAGUAUCUCUGUAUGGCAAGCUGGUGCAAUCAGCUCAGAAUGAAAGGGAGAAUCUUCAGAUAAGGAUAGAUGAGAUGGACAGCAUACUUAAGAAGAUCAAUAACUGUCUCACUGAGGUGGAAAUAGAAACUAAGAAUGUGGAGAAUAAAGAGAAGGACAAUCCCAUGGAAGGAUGGGAUUCUGGAAUAAGAGCUGCAGAGAAAGAAUUAGAACAGCUGAAAACUGAAGAAGAGGAACUUCAAAGAAAACUCUUAGAACUAGAAGUACAGAAAGAGCAGACCCUUACUCAAAUAGACUUUAUGCAAAAACAAACAAAUAGAACUGAGGAGCUACUGGAUCAAUUGAGCUUGUCUGAAUGGGAUGUCAUUGAGUGGAGUGAUGACCAAGCUGUUUUCACCUUUGUUUAUGACACAAUAGAACUCACCAUCACCUUUGGAGAGUCAAUAGUUGGUUUCUGUUUCCUGGAGAAGCCUGAUAAGAAGAUUGUUGGCAUGAAUUUUCAAUCUCUGUUAGAUGAGGAUAAAGCUCCUCCUUCCUCCCUUUUAGUCCAUAAGCUUAUUUUCCAAUACAUUGAGAAACAGGAAUCCUGGAAGAUGAAAUGUACAACACAACAUCAGGUACCCAAGAUGCUUCAAGAACUCUCACUGGCAGUGAAUCAUUGCAGACUCCUUGGAGAGGAGAUUGAGUUUUUAAAGAGAUGGGGACCAAAUUAUAAUCUGAUGAACAUAGAUGUGAAUAAUACUGAGUUGAGACUUUUGUUCUCUAGCUCUGCAGCAUUUGCAAAGUUUGAAAUAACUUUGUCUCUCACAGCCAAUUAUCCAUCUGUACCAUUACCUUUCACCAUUCAAAAUCACAUUGGGAACACUGGCCAUGAUGAAAUUGCUACCAUUCUAUCUAAAGUGCCACUGGAGGACAACUACCUGAAAAAUGUAGUCAAGCAAAUUUACCAAGAUCUGCUUCAGGACUGCCAUUUCUUCCACUAGACCCAUGGACCACAGCUGUAACAACCAAGCAGAAUGUGCUUAAUCAUAUUAUGUCAGGGUCUCCAUUGCUCUGUAACCUUUUUUUAGGACAUAGAAGCCCUAGUAAAAUUCCUUCUGAUGGUAAUAGUUAUUUUUUAUGGUUAUUUUUUAAAUCUCUAUAGUCAGGAAUGAGAAAAGGCCUCAAGUAGCCUGUUAUCAACUUGUGCAUCUUUGUACCAAAGAUUUAAGUAGUAAAACACUUAGGGAAAAUAUCCCCUAUGUAGUACUCUCUGAAGAAACCCUAAGGAGUAACUUUUAUAUAUAAGGGAAGUUGUUACCAAUAACAAAAACAUUAGCCAUUUCUCCAUAUAUAGAGCUUUGGCCUUUAGGUAGCCUGGAAUCUGCCCCACAGAUAUUUCUGGAGUAAGACAUGACUAUCUAAAAGCAAUAGCACUCAGCUAUUGGAAUGUUUGCCGUCUUUUCUUGAGUGCCUUGCCUUUUAUUCGAUAAAGGCCUCUUAUUCUAAAAACAUCCAAUAAUGUUUGCUUAAUAAGUAUAAUUCUUCUAGGGAAAGUUAACUCAUUUUGGUCCAGUACAUAUAUGUAAAUAUAUUAAUGUUAUUUUUUGUGUUUGUGAUAUAAUAAGGAGAUGUAUAUAGAAAUUCAUACAGAUAUACAGAGAGAUAACCUUUUGCCUAGGCAGUUUAUACCUUUCUGAGGGAUACUUGGCAGCAUGAUUCUCAAUUUUCUUUUAUUAAAUAUUGAUACUUCAACAAUAUCGUAUCCAAAACACUAUCAAUUUUUGGCAGUAAUAAUAAACCUGCUGUAAGUAUUGGUUCUUGAAGCCACACCUCUCAUAUAAAAAAUAAUAUCCACUGUUUAUUAAAUGAUCAUUAUUAUCUAUGAAGUAGGCAAGUAUGAAAAAACUUUUACUCAAACAUUAGUCAAAUGCUAAUCAUAUUUAAUUCUAAACUAAAAUAUAUUUGCAUUUUUAAACUAAUUUGUCGUAAAAUUUUGCUUUACAUAGGAUUGGAGCAAAGUCCUAUAGGUACCAUGUAUGUUAUCUUCCUUCUUGAUUAGUUUUUCCUUCUGAGCUAUACAUCAAAAGAUCACAUAGUUUUUAAAACCUUCAAAAGUCAACACAAAACUCAUUUGCCAUAAAAAUCAAGAUGUAGCUGUUCUCUAUUUCCAUAAACUUCUUGGGAAGACUUUGAAGUCAUUAGGAUGGUCUAUUUUUAUGAAACUUAAGUUACUUUUCUUAUUAGGGCUGUUUUCUUUCUUUUUUAGAAGUCUAAAAAGUAGAAGUUUUAUUUUAUGCAUUUGAGUAACCAGGAACUGCCAGCUCCAAAAAUAAUUUGGCUUAUGAUGGUGGUCUCUGGUUUCUGUAAUAUUAGUACAUAAUUAUAAUAUUUACCUAGCUAUUUGUGUUUUUCUUUGUGCACAGCAUUGGCUAUUUUCAUAAUUUGUCAGAAGGUUUGCUUUUACUAACUGGAAAGCAUUAUUUUUUGCAGUAUUAAAAUUACCUUACUGCUUAAAAUCUUAUGUAAGUAGUAUUUCUUCAUGAGGUAAGGAAUAGCCAAUAGAACUUUAAAAAUAAACCAAAGAAUCCUCUCUCUAGGUACACUCAUGUAUUUGAAAACUAAGAUAACAUUAAAAUAUGUCAGGACCUUAACAUAAGAACCAGGAACAGGGCGCCACCUGUGGCUCAAGGAGUAGGGCGCCGGUCCCUUAUGUCAGAGGUGGCGGGUACAAACCCAGCCCCGGCCAAAAACCACCAAAAGAAAAAAAAAAAAAAAAAGAACCAGGAACAAACCACAGUUAGCCCUGUGUCUCUGAAGAACAGUAAAAUAAAACUAUUUUGAGGUUCCUCAGGAAAUCAUCAGUUCUCUAAGCAAAUGCAGUGGUUUUCAAAGUAUAGUCCCCAGAUUAGCAGCAUCAGCCUUACCCCAAACCUACUAAAUCAGAAAUCCUGAGGUAGGGACCAGCAUUAACAAAUCAUGGGUCUUUUUUCCAUACUUUCUUUUCUUCUAUCAGCUUUAUUGAAGUGUGAUCCAUUCAUAAAAGUCAUCAUUUAAAGUAUAAAAUGGAAUGGAUUUUAGUAAUUUAUAGUUAACAUACAAUAAUCACCACAAUCAAUUUUAGAAUAUUUUCAUCACCUAGAAAAACAUUGUAAAUUAUGUAUUUUCCAACAAUUUUUGGAAAAAUAUCCUUUAGGUAUUAUCCCAUCCACAUUAUCAUUUCCCACUGUGACCUUUCUUAAAGUUACUAGAAAUCUACUUCCUGUCUCUAUAAAAAGUUCUGUUUGUUCUAUUUUGAAUAUUUCACAUAAAGGAAU